CCAUCCAUUCUCUACAUUAUAUAAAGGCUGCAUGUGUCUUUCUUUUUCAUUCCAUCCUUUCUUCUAUAGAAUUUCACACUCACUGAUCCAAUAUGGAGUUUCAUUUCUUUCACUUUAUUACCUUUCUCGUGCUUCUGCUAGUGGCAACUAAUGCUGCAAGAUUACCACCUCAACAUUACUGGAAGUCCGUAAUCCCCAACUCUCCAAUGCCAAAAGCCAUCACUAAUCUCCUACUUCCUAGUGAGACUGAUGUAAGUUCUGAAAAAUUACAUAAUUGGUUUCGAUACGAUCAUGCUGUAAGUGGGGCUGAUGUAAGUUCUGAAGAAUUACUUAACGUGUUCAAAUAUGAUCAUGUUGCAACUGAGCCUGAUGUAAGUUUCAGAAAAUUACCUAAUGUGUUCAAAUACGAUCAACCUGCAAGUGGGUCUGAUGUAAAUUCUGGAGAAUUACCUAACGUGUUCAAAUAUGAUCAUGUUGCAACUGAGCCUGAUGUAAGUUCUGAAAAAUUACCUAAUUGGUUUCGAUACGAUCAUGCUGUAAGUGAGGCUGAUGUAAGUUCUGAAGAAUUACCUAACGUGUUCAAAUAUGAUCAUGUUGCAACUGAGCCUGAUGUAAGCUCUGAAAAAUUACCUAAUUGGUUUCGAUACGAUCAUGCUGUAAGUGAGGCUGAUGUAAGUUCUGAAGAAUUACCUAACGUGUUCAAAUAUGAUCAUGUUGCAACUGAGCCUGAUGUAAGUUUCAGAAAAUUACCUAAUGUGUUCAAAUACGAUCAACCUGCAAGUGGGUCUGAUGUAAAUUCUGGAGAAUUACCUAACGUGUUCAAAUAUGAUCAUGUUGCAACUGAGCCUGAUGUAAGUUUCAGAAAAUUACCUAAUGUGUUCAAAUACGAUCAACCUGCAAGUGGGUCUGAUGUAAAUUCUGGAGAAUUACCUAACGUGUUCAAAUAUGAUCAUGUUGCAACUGAGCCUGAUGUAAGUUUUAGAAAAUUACCUAAUGUGUUCAAAUACGAUCAACCUGCAAGUGGGUCUGAUGUAAAUUCUAGAGAAUUACCUAACGUGUUCAAAUAUGAUCAUGUUGCAACCGAGCCUGAUGUAAGUUUUAGAAAAUUACCUAAUUGGUUUCGAUACGAUCAUGCUGUAAGUGGGGCUGAUGUAAGUUCUGAAGAAUUACCUAACGUGUUCAAAUAUGAUCAUGUUGCAACUAAGCCUGAUGUAAGUUUCAGAAAAUUACCUAAUGUGUUCAAAUAUGAUCAACCUGCAAGUGGGUCUGAUGUAAAUUCUGGAGAAUUACCUAACGUGUUCAAAUAUGAUCAUGUUGCAACUGAGCCUGAUGUAAGUUUUAGAAAAUUACCUAAUUGGUUUCGAUACGAUCAUGCUGUAAGUGGGGCUGAUGUAAAUUCUGAAAAAUUACUUAAUUGGUUUCGAUACGAUCAUGCUGCAAGUGAGCCUGAUGUAAGUUUCAAAAAAAAUUCUAAUAUGUUCAAAUACGAUCAUGCUGCAAGAGAGCCUGAUGUAAGUUUCAAAAAAUUACCUAAUGUGUUCAAAUACGAUCAUGCUGCAAGUGAGCCUGAUAUAAGUUUCAAAAAAUUAUCUAAUGUGUUCAAAUAUGAUCAUGCUGCAAGUGAGACUGAUAUAAAUUCCAGAGAUUUUUCUAAUGUGUUCAAAUAUGAUCAUGCUGUAAGUGAGAAUGGUGUCAAUUCUGAAGGAUUACAUUUCAAAUAUGAUCAUGGUGCAAGUGAGAAUGGUGUAAGUUCUGAAGAAUUACCUAAUUGGUUUCGAUAUGAUCAUGCUGUAAGUGGGACUGAUGUAAAUUCCGAAGAAUUACCUAAUUGGUUUCGAUACGAUCAUGCUGUAAGUGGGGCUGAUGUAAAUUCUGAAGAAUUACCUAAUUGGUUUCGAUACGAUCAUGCUGUAAGUGGGAAUGAUGUAAAUUUUGGAGAACUGCCUAAUGGAUUCAGUUACCAUCAUGCUGCAAGAGAGUCUGGUGUAAAUUCUAGAGAAUCACCUAAUAUAUUAAGUUACAAUCCUGCUACAAGUGAGCCUAAUGUAAAUUCUGGAGAAUUACCCAAUGGAUUAAGUUACCAUCAUGCUGCAAGAGAGUCUGGUGUAAAUUCUAGAGAAUCAUCUAAUAUAUUAAGUUACAAUCCUGCUACAAGUGAGCCUAAUGUAAAUUCUGGAGAAUUACCCAAUGGAUUCAGUUACCAUCAUGCUGCAAGAGAGUCUGGUGUAAAUUUUAGAGAAUCACCUAAUAUAUUACUUUAUAAUUCUGUUGCAAGUGAGCCUGAUGUAAAUUCUGGCGAAUUACCUAAUUGGUUCCAAUACACUCAUGCUCCAAGUAAGGCUGAUGCAAGUUCUAAAGAAUUACCUAAUUUGUUCAGAUACAAUCAUGUUGCUAAGUAGAAUCACAUUGUGUUGUGUUUGCUAUGAUGUAUUAUUAGAUGUGUGCUAAAUAUAGUUGCGUUGAUGCUAUGUCUCAAUGCAACAUAAAUAAAUAAAUAAAGGUUGUCAUUAUCUAUCA